AAUAACAGAAUAAUUUCCCAGGCAUCACGGUCAUCGUAUCAGUAAGAGAACGAUAUUAAUUCUCCCUUAUCAUUAUUAGAAACAUUUUUGUUGUCAUCUUCUUCUUGACUUUUCCAACCAAAAUACAUCCUCCCGUCUGUUCUUUUUUUUUCUGGUCAACACACUCUUGAUCAUUUAUGGGUGAAACAAGAUCCAUGAUCACGUUCUUCUUGUUGGUGACCUUCCUACAGAUCAUCUUCCUAGCUCACAGAGCAGCAGGAGAGACGACCACAGAGUUCAUUUUUCAAGGCUUUAAAGUAAACCAAUCAAAGCUUCAAUUAGAAGAAGAUGCAACCAUCACGCCCAACGGACUACUAAGGCUAACCAAUCGAAACUCAGACCGCGCGGGAACGGCUUUCUACAACAAACCGGUUAGACUGCUCGACAAUAACUCCACGGUUCGUUCUUUUAGCACUUCCUUCAUCUUUGUCAUCAUCCCUUCAAGCUCAAACAACGGAGGUUUCGGGUUUACAUUCACACUAUCCCCAACCCCAAACCGUCCAGACGCGGAGACUGCGCAGUACUUGGGUCUUCUCAACGAAGACGACGACGGUGAUCCGGAUAAUCACGUAUUCGCAGUGGAGUUCGACACGGUUCAAGGAUACAAAGACAGCACAGAUCGAAUAGGCAACCACAUCGGUCUAAAUUUCAACAGUCUCUCUUCGCUCGUCCAAGAACCUGUUGCUUACUACGACAAAGAGGGACAUAAGGAAGAUUUUCAACUCACGAGCGGCGAGCCGAUCCAAGUCUUUAUGGAUUACCACGGACCAACCAGAACUCUUACCAUCACUGUCUACCCGACCAGACUCGGAUCUAAGCCGACAACUCCUUUGAUCUCACAAAAAGUUCCUAAACUGUUGGAGAUCGUGCAAGAAGAAAUGUUUGUCGGAUUCACGGCGGCCACGGGGGAUAAAUCGAGCGCACAUUACGUGAUGGGUUGGAGUUUCUCAACCGGUCCGGUCCCAGCAGCUACGCUGAAUCUAACGGACCUUCCUCCUCCGCCUCCAAAUACGGCGAAGAAGAGAGGCUUAAACAAAGAGAUCAUCUCCCUGGUCGUGUCUUUAACUACUGUUAUAACCAUCAUGUUAGUGUUAUUGUUUAUCUUGAUGAUGUACAAAAGACGAUUACAAGAGGAGGUUCUCGAGGAUUGGGAACUCGAUCAUCCACACAGGUUUCGAUACAAAGAUCUCCACACAGCUACGGAUGGAUUCAAGGAUAACAGAAUCAUAGGAACGGGAGGGUUCGGGACUGUCUACAAAGGAAUCAUAACCACCACGUCAUCAUCAUCUCCGUCCUCUGAUGAAAUCGCAGUAAAGAAAAUAACUCCAAACAGCAUACAAGGCGUUCGAGAGUUUGUGGCCGAGAUCGAGAGUCUAGGCCGCUUGAGGCACAAGAAUCUGGUCAACCUACAAGGAUGGUGCAAACACGGAAACGAUCUAUUGCUAAUUUACGAUUAUAUCCCUAACGGAAGCUUGGACUCGCUGUUAUACAGUAAACCGAGACUAUGCGGCGCCGUUUUGACCUGGGACGCGCGUUUUCAAAUCGCCAAAGGAAUCGCGUCUGGGCUGCUCUACCUCCACGAGGAGUGGGAGAAGAUCGUGAUCCACAGAGACGUUAAACCGAGCAACGUCCUCAUCGACGAUCAGAUGAACCCUAGGCUCGGAGACUUCGGGCUCGCCAGGCUCUACGAGCGCGGAUCCCUCUCCCACACCACCGUCGUCGUCGGCACGAUCGGGUACAUGGCGCCGGAGCUCACGCGCAACGGAAACUCCUCCUCCGCGUCCGACGUUUUCGCGUUCGGCGUUUUGCUGCUAGAGAUCGUCUCCGGGAGGAAACCGACGGACUCCGGGAGCUUCUUCUUGGCCGAUUGGGUUAUGGAGAUGCACGCGAGUGGGCAGGUGCUCCGCGCGGUGGAUUCGAGGCUCGGAUCUGGUUACGACGAGGAGGAGGCGAGGCUGGCGCUCGUGGUGGGGCUGCUGUGCUGCCACCCGAAAAGGGGGUCUCGUCCGGCGAUGAGAAUGGUGCUGAGGUACCUGAACGGGGACGAAGGUGUUCCUGAGGUUGAGGUGUACUCGCAUUCUUCAAGUAGAUACUCCCUUCCCUCCGAUUCGAAAGAAUGAUUGUUUUGGAUUUUAGUUUUCUGUUUUCAAAUUUAUAUGUUAUGGAUUUUUAAUUCAUGUAUAGCAUUUUUAACAGAUUUCUGUAAAUUGCUUUUUUCUGUUUCAGUUUCAUGUAUAUUCCAGAUUUUCACAAGUAUUAAUAAAAUCUAUUAU